UACGCCAUCUUGAAAUUACACCCGCAGUUUGUAAGUCGCUCCCAAAUUGCAAAGCACAACAUCUCUUUUUUUAAAUAAGCGCUGCUGUGUCCGGCAUGAACGGUUCACGAAACAAACCGGCACCGACAGUCAGCAAAGGUCAGACGGACGCAAACACCGGCUCGGAGACGAAUCAUAGGGAUCGAAAGAGCGGAGGAGGAAUGCUGAAGAAGCUGAAGUCGAGGCGCAGUCAAACAGAUAAGUGGCCCGUGGUCACAGAGGAUGAACUCCGGGCUCUGGGGAGAGAUAUUACCCCGGACCAUGUCCUGGGUCUCCGGGUAGUCACGGAGGACUAUUUGUGCAAACCUGAAGACAAUAUCUACAACAUUGACUUUACACGUUUUAAAAUCAGAGAUCUGGAGACAGGAACAGUGCUGUUUGAGAUUGCCAAACCUCCCAACAGCGGUCCUGUGGAGGGUGAAGAGGAGAGUGGAGAUGUAGACACCAGUGCAGGGCGUUUUGUCCGAUAUCAGUUUACACCCGCCUUCCUAAAACUGUGCACUGUUGGUGCAACUGUGGAAUUCACAGUGGGUGACCGGCCCAUAAACAGCUUUCGUAUGAUUGAGAGGCAUUACUUCCAGGGACGCCUUCUCAAGAACUUUGACUUUGACUUUGGUUUUUGCAUUCCCAACAGCCGCAACACAUGUGAACACAUUUAUGAGUUUCCACAGCUUCCAGAUGACCUCAUUCGGCAAAUGGUUGCACACCCUUAUGAGACCAGAUCAGACAGUUUCUACUUUGUGGACAACAAACUCAUCAUGCACAACAAGGCAGACUAUGCCUACAAUGGUGGUCUGUAAUACUCAAAGAUAAAAAAAAAUGUUUGCAAUACUUCCCAGGGGAUAGAUGUCCUAUAUUACGACAAACCGAAAGCAGGGGGGGCAGAAGUAUUCUCUCCAUUGUGGACAUUCCUACAGACGUGACAACAUUCUUAAGAGCCAAUGAACCACAUCUGCCUUCAAAUGAAAUCAUGGAUCCAUUCACCAGUACCUCACAGAGCCCAGUUUCUGGGAUUCUGAGGAAUGUUCCGUUAAAUAUUUCUCUGUUAAAUCUGACUGAAACCUUUUUGUUCUCUCUUUCUGUUGGUCAUACAAGAAUCAUGUUACUGCUUGAACACUUGCCUUAAGUUUCUUGCCGUCUCUGCUGGAAAGGGACACUUUGAGUCAUAGACCUCUCAUGGCAAAGCCUAUAGACUGUUAGUUAUGAUUUCAUUUACUUUAGUAUAAAGCUGUUAUCGGUUGGUGUUUAUUUGAACUACCUUUUGCAAGUGACAAUUGUGUUUCCUGUAUGGAAAAGCGAGCAUUAACUAGAUGUUUUACAGUAUUGUUAGUCAUAGAUGAUCAUGUAGCACUAGUUGACAUUGUUUGAGUUUCAUUCUUGCUUAAAUAUUGUUACGAGUCAUUUGGACUGUUUGCGUUGGAUGUUUAAGCUUGGUGUCACUUUUAUAAGGAACAUUGGGUUGUCCUAUCUGAUCUUCAGUAGGACAUUUUUGUUUCAAGAACGGCAUGAGCUCUUUACAGCAGUUUUAACAACAUUGAUGACUGUCAGCUGGGAAUCUAGCAUUUGUUCAAACUCUGUAACCUGCACACAUACUGGGAUACAUGAAAAGGACAAGAUAGCAGCAGAGUCUGAGUUACCGGACUUGCUUUAUAUGGCAUCUGUGUCUCAAACAGUGUGGUCAGCCCGCUUUAUCCACUCCAGUGUGUAAUCACACAGUUAUUUAAUCCCUUGAGGUUUGUCUUCCUGGUUUAUUUGGUACAGCACUGUGAAUCCCACUCUUAAGGAACCAAGUUUUUGCUGAGUGUAUCUUCAGCUGCUCUGCGCUCAGGUUCUUAAUCUAGCACGUAACAUGUAAGUACAGAGUGAUGUAGCUUGAUAGUUGAUCUAUUUUUUAACGAGGCAGUAGAGUAGAUACAGAAGUUGACCUGUUUGUCUAUUCAUGGAAGCCCUGUUUUAAAGACUAUACUGGUGGUUUUGCAUUAAUUGUAACCCAUUUAUGCUAAAUUGUGUAAUGUUAUACUCGAGUUUCCAAAGUUUCCAGGUACACCUACACAAUGUAAUUUAAUUCUGCCUAACAGCCCUGCACUAAAUCCUUCCAUAGUUAAGCUUGCAAUACUCAGUUUUGGUGACACUUUAUCAGAGAGGUGUCUGUUUGAUUAUAUGGUCAUUUAAGAGGCUGCGGUGCUGCUGAAUUAUAUUCCAUCUAUUUAAAUGUGUUCCUGAAAAGUUGGGAUGUCUGUAGUGUUUAUUAAAAAUACCAACAAUGA